AUGGCCAAGCUCACAAUCCUAGUAGCUGCCCUUGUAGCCCUCUUAGCUCUAGCCCAUGCCACUAGUACCACCAUAACAAACACUGAGGUAGAGGAUAACCCCAGGCAACAGCAGCGCUGCCGCCAGCAGAUCCAGAGGCAGCAAAACCUCCGCGACUGCCAGAGGUACUUACAACAACAGGGAAAAGAGUACAAUGAUGCGAUGUCAAAUGACCAGAACCCGCAGCAGCAGCAGCAACAGCAACUCCGCCAGUGCUGCCAGCAACUGAAAAACCUUGACGAGCAGUGCCGGUGCGAGGGCUUGAAGGAGGCCGUGAGGCGGCAGAAGGAGCAAGGCAAGAUGCAGGGUGAGGAGAUGAGAAAGAUGAUGCAGCAGGCUGAAAACCUGCCUUCCAGGUGCAACCUCAGCCCCCAACAAUGCCAAAUUUCUAAAUGAUGCUUCUAUGGGCCCUAAAAUCUGCCACCAACAAUGCUAUGUCUGUGAUAAUAAGGCUCACCCUUCUAGCUAGUUUUUAGCCAGAGA